AUGGCGGAAGAAGAGCGGCUGUUCAAGUUCCCGAGAACGCGCCACCUGUUUGACGCUGGUGGUGACGCCGUCUCGCGUGAUGAUCUCCUCUACACAGAACAAGAGGCACAGCAACUGUUUUUGUCGGGGCGACACCGUGUGGUCGUGGAGGAAAAGGUGGAUGGCGCAAACAUCGGGUUUAGCAUCGCUGCAGAUGGCCGCAUCUUGGCCCAAAACCGAUCGCACUACGUCAACAGCAGCUCCCACCCCCAGUUCAAACAGCUCGACUCCUGGAUCUCCCAGCACAUUGGUGAGCUGUAUGACAUUCUCGAGGAGCCAAACAAGUUUGUCCUCUUUGGAGAGUGGUUGUUUGCGCAGCAUACAGUGCAAUACUCCAAGUUGCCAGACUACUUUCUUGCGUUUGAUCUCUUCGACUGCUCCACACAGCGGUUUCUGAGUCGCGCCAGCUUCCGGCACAAGCUCGGCCAAACCUCCAUCCCAACAGUCCCAACAAUUGCAGAGGUACCUCUAACUUCGCAGGACGAUGUGGUGGCGCUGCUGGACACACAGAGCCAGUUUGGAGAUGGCCCAGUGGAAGGCGUGUACCUGCGCCAGCAGCAGCAGCAGCAGCAGCAGCAGCAGCAGCAGCAGCAGCAGCAGCAGCAGCAGCUUUCGUAUCUGGCACACAGAGCAAAGGUGGUGAGACCAGACUUCAUGCAGGCCAUCACCCAUCACUGGAUGGGCAAGGAGCUCGUGAGAAACGGGCUGCAGUAUUAACAACAAUGCGACGUGAUGAUUAUGUUGACUUGCGCUGUAUUCUUGUCUGCGCUUUGCGUGUUCAUGCACACUUACCUGCAUUACAUUAUGAAUUCCUAAAGUUGUGACGGGUAGCAUUGACAUGGUGCUGGUUGUUGUCAUUGCCACUGUUGUCUUGGGGACAUGAUGUCGCCAUCACUUGUUCUUGCAUACAACCCCCCCCCCUUGGUCAGAAUGCUCAGGUGUGCCCAAACUGCAUGGUUUCCAUUUCCCCACGACACCCAACGUGAAGCAAAGGAACAUUCCAUGCAUUUCAAAAGCUUCACGAACCCUGCCAGUACACUUCACCCUGUUCCCA